AUGUCUUGUACGACAGUCUGGUAUUUUAUUCCCCCGCGCCCCGCUCCCGCGCCGGCGGACAUGGGGUUGAAGGCGUCCAAGGCGAAGAAGAAGGCUGGCGUCCACGGCGCGACCGCCAGCUCCACGCCCGCGUCCUCGAAUUUGUUGCGCGAACUCGAGAUCGCGAACGCGAGGCAAGUCGCGACAGCGGUUGACGCGGACGCGAAAGCCGAGCUGGACGCCGAGGAGAUUGAGAUCGUCUCCGCGGCCUCCCCGGGCGUCGGCAUCGUACUUCCCACGGAGCGUUUGUUGGUCGACGACGGCGCGUUCACGGGCGAGGUUGAGAAGCUCAUGACGUUCCGCCCGACGCUGAAGAAGACGCACGGCGACGCGUACAUAAAAGAGCUCAUACACCAGAUCAAGGCUUCGAAGGAGAUGAUGGGCACGAUGCUCAGGAGAUUCAACGUCGAGAUCCGGGCGGCGGGCGAGCGGGCAACCGCCGCGGAGGCACUCGCCAAAGCGAAAGACGCGGAAAUCGCGCAGUUGGUCGAGGCCCUGGAGCAAGAAUCCGCGGCGGCAACAGCGGAGUCGAACGAGUCGAUGUCUGAGCUCGAUAAAGCGCGCGAGUCCCGCGAGGCACUGGAGGCACUCGCCAAAGCGAAAGACGCGGAAAUCGCGCAGUUGGUCGAGGCCCUGGAGCAAGAAUCCGCGGCGGCAACAGCGGAGUCGAACGAGUCGAUGUCUGAGCUCGAUAAAGCGCGCGAGUCCCGCGAGGCACUGGAGGCACUCGCCAAAGCGAAAGACGCGGAAAUCGCGCAGUUGGUCGAGGCCCUGGAGCAAGAAUCCGCGGCGGCAACAGCGGAGUCGAACGAGUCGAUGUCUGAGCUCGAUAAAGCGCGCGAGUCCCGCGAGGCACUGGAGGCACUCGCCAAAGCGAAAGACGCCGAGAUCGCGCAGUUGGUCGAGGCCCUGGAGCAAGAAUCCGCGGCGGCAACAGCGGAGUCGAACGAGUCGAUGUCUGAGCUCGAUAAAGCGCGCGAGUCCCGCGAGGCACUGGAGGCACUCGCCAAAGCGAAAGACGCCGAGAUCGCGCAGUUGGUCGAGGCCCUGGAGCAAGAAUCCGCGGCGGCAACAGCGGAGUCGAACGAGUCGAUGUCUGAGCUCGAUAAAGCGCGCGAGUCCCGCGAGGCACUGGAGGCACUCGCCAAAGCGAAAGACGCCGAGAUCGCGCAGUUGGUCGAGGCUCUGGAGCAAGAAUCCGCGGCGGCAACAGCGGAGUCGAACGAGUCGAUGUCUGAGCUCGAUAGAGCGCGCGAGUCCCGCGAGGCACUGGAGGCGGAAGUCGUGACGUUGACAGAAAAGCUCGAUAAAGAGAAAUACUUCGGCAGGGCCGCGAAUGAGGGCGCCGCGCCCGCGGGGACGAACCCGUUCGCGUCGAGUGGAGGCAGCGGCGGGAGCGCUCCGGCUCGCAUCUUCAAAAAAAAAAAAGUCAAAGAGGGAUCCAUGAUAGUAGGUGCUGGUUUCGCUUCUUCGUCGGACGGCCGGGACAGGAAUCCGCCGAAGAAAGCGAAACGACCGCCCAGGCGAGGAGGUUUAAACGGCGGCCACAGCGCGGCUUCCGGUGCCCCGAACGCGCCCGCGGUUUUUGGUGCCCCGACUGGCACGGGAACAACAGCAGCCGCUUUUGGGGGCGCGUCUCCAUUCGGCGCGCCCACUCCUGGCGCGUUCGGCGCGGCUCCAUAUCCUUUCGGCGGCGGCGCGCCGAACCCCGCGCCCGCGCUGGGAGGUUUCGGCGGCAGCGGCGCACCCGCGCCGUCGCCGUUCGGGGGGGCAGUCGCGCCGGGCGCGAGCCCGUUUGGUGCCCCGAACGCGUCCGCGCAGUCGUCAACUCAAACGAGCACGCCUUGGGGCGCGUCUUCGUCGACGCCCACGCCAGGAAUCAGCAGCUCGGUGCAAAACGCGUGCGCACACUGGAACCGGAGUAAUUGCAGGUACAGCGGGCGAUGCCGCUCAAGACACGUGUGCUCGACGUGCGGGGACAGCUCGCACAAAGCGGCCCAGUGCCCCCGAGGACCGGGGUCGCUCGCGGGCGGAGGUGGCGGGUUCUCCCCAACGCGGGUCACAGAUCCGUCGCUUGUGCCCGCGAGUUCACGACACGCAAUCAUGCAGCACAUAUGCGCGAUGUCAUCGAACGUCGGGAGUUCCGUGGAAGAGCUCCGUCUCCAGAGCAAGUAAAACCCUCCUGGCGCGGUGGCGGGCACGGGCGCGUUUGGGUUGAGCCCGAACGCGAGUGGCAGUGACGAGGGCGAUUAAAACGCGGGGGCGAGGCGAGGCGCACCCAACCGAGAAAUUUCGUGUGAUCUUUCGGUACGUGUACCUGUAGACUUAGUUUAAAACCUGUACGAGUAAGUCGUUCAUCCUUGGACGCGUA